UCCGCCCUGAUGUCACAGUGACAGCGCUAACAAGAUGGCGGAGGGCACUGGAGAAAAAUGAGGAGGACGAGACAAUAAUAAUAAUAAUAAUAAUAAUAACGACGGUUAACGACGCACAGGUACUGCAUCAUCCAGGCGCUGGGUACAACUGAGCAAAUGCGCCCUGGCUUGUACGAGAUAAAUCAGCGGAAAAUUGUAAACCUAACCAAGGAAAAAGCCAGCGUUCUCUGCGUAAAAACAUAUUAAGCAACCUCAAGCUAUCAGCGCAUACUUUUUUAUUUUAAAUUUGCAGGACUGUGAUGAGUAUGCUCUGAUUUAAACCGGUGUACAAGUGUUUUUAUUUUUAUUUUUGCAGAGGUGAAUGUUUUGAUCAGAGUCUAAAAAAGGAAAGGAACACACAGUACAACUGCAAGUGUAAACCAGAUCUGGGUUGCUUGAAGACUGGGCAAAAUCUUGACUGAUUCAUAUCAUUUAGGGCAUCUUGAUUUCCGAGGAUCUGUUCUGGAAGUCGAUGGGAAUAGGAUAUACCGAAAAUAAUUUUAAAGGAACGAGAUUGGGAAUUUGUAUAGUCUGUUUUAUUUAGUGUUUCUGAUUUAAGUUGCCCGGCGCCAUGGCUCACUCCCCCGUACAGUCAGGCCUGCCUGGGAUGCAGAAUUUAAAAGCGGAUCCAGAGGAACUGUUCACCAAACUUGAGAAGAUCGGCAAGGGCUCCUUUGGGGAAGUUUUUAAAGGCAUUGACAAUCGGACUCAGAAAGUAGUGGCUAUAAAAACAAUUGACCUGGAAGAAGCCGAAGAUGAAAUAGAAGACGUUCAGCAGGAAAUAACAGUACUGAGCCAGUGCGAUAGCCCCUAUGUAACCAAGUACUAUGGAUCUUAUUUAAAGGACACAAAAUUAUGGAUAAUAAUGGAGUAUUUAGGUGGAGGAUCGGCUCUGGAUCUGUUAGAGCCAGGUGCUUUGGAUGAAACUCAAAUCGCCACAAUACUCCGAGAAAUAUUAAAAGGACUUGAAUACCUACAUUCAGAAAAGAAAAUCCACAGAGAUAUUAAAGCUGCCAAUGUGUUAUUGUCGGAGCAGGGGGAUGUUAAAUUAGCAGAUUUUGGUGUUGCGGGACAACUAACGGACACACAGAUAAAGAGGAAUACAUUUGUAGGCACGCCCUUCUGGAUGGCUCCUGAAGUAAUAAAGCAGUCUGCUUACGAUUCCAAGGCUGACAUGUGGUCAUUAGGAAUAACAGCGAUUGAACUGGCAAAAGGGGAACCCCCUCAUUCAGAACUGCACCCAAUGAAGGUUUUAUUCCUCAUCCCAAAGAACAACCCACCAACACUGGAAGGAAACUACAGCAAACUUCUUAAAGAAUUCAUAGAGGCCUGCUUGAACAAGGAGCCCAGUUUUAGACCAACAGCAAAAGAGCUCUUGAAGCACAAAUUUAUUCUACGCUACGCCAAGAAAACUUCCUACUUAACAGAGCUGAUAGACCGGUACAAGAGGUGGAAAGCCGAACAGUCCCACGAUGAUUCGAGCUCAGACGAGUCGGAUUCAGAACAAGAUGGCCAGGCAUCUGGCGGAAACGACCCUGGUGACUGGAUCUUUAACACCAUUAGGGAGAAAAAGGAUCCCAAGAAACUGCAGAAUGGAGCAGCCCACCUGGAGGAGUUUGAAAGGAACAAGGUGCUGUUGCAGACUAGAUGCGUCUUUGGAAGUCCAUUUCCUUUACUUACCGCCUAUUUAUUUAUUUAUUUAUUUAUUGAGCUGAAAGAGAAAAAUGAAGCCAGUAGCGGUAAACCAGGAGCAGUAGAAGAGUUGCGGGAGGCUAUUUUCCUAGCAGAGGAAACAUGUCCAGGAAUCUCUGACUCUAUGAUAUCUGAACUAGUACAGAGACUUCAAAGAUUCUCAUUUAGUGGAGCAUCGUCUUCCUCCCAGUGAUGGCUCCCCGACUUGGACAUGAAGAGGUGCUCAUAUAUACUAAAGUAGCACACAUGCCACAGUGAAGAGAGGCGCGCUGUCCUUCAGGGGGACAUUCUCCAGUGAGCAACAGCCAAGAUGAAGUCUCUCAGAAGGGCCGUCAUUUUUCAGCUGCUUAAAGCAAAAGAUUCUUCUGUUUUUAUUUUUAAUUAUUGUCGUAGUGCACAUAUUCAACAAAAGAGCAGGUGGGGAGGAAGGUGGGUGAAAGAUGUGUAUGGGAGGAGAGAUGGGUUUGCCUUCCUCCUUUUGAUAUUUUCAAGUAAUCACUUCCAGUCAGUCUUUGCGAGAAAGCAGAUCAUUGCAACUGGAUUGUAGGCCAAUUAUUUAUGACUUGACAAAGCAAGCCUACCAAGAUUUAACUGUAAUAUAUUCUUCUGAUAAUGAAGAAGUGUUCACCAUCGGCCCCAGGUGCAAGAUCAGUUGGUGAGCAAGGUAACCCAUUUCUGAGUUGUGAUAAUCCACAGAAAACCUAGCAAUCUGGUUCCUGCUGCUUGAAACCAUUUGCCUGCUGGAAGUGUCGGGAAUUUCUACAAGGUGUGUCUUAUGUGUUAAAAUUCUCAGUUGUAUAUUUGGGACUGUGCAAAGCAGAUUGAUAAUUUUUUUGUGAAACCUCAGGUAUCCUGCUUUAAGUCGAUGACUCCUCUGGAAGACUGAAUAUGUUCUGCUGGGUGUACAAAUAUGUAUAUAGGGUCAUUUUUACUGAUAUUAUGAAACAGUGGAGCGUGCAUAAAAUAAUCACUGUGUACAAAAUGGCCAAGUGCUUCUGUAGAUACUGUUAGUAGAGGUAAAUAUUUAAAAAAACACAAAAAACAAAUGGCCAUAACUGAGCAUUGCCUCGCCUCUAUUACAUGUACAUUUUGGAUAUAAGAGGAGAUUUAGAUUUUAUUAUUAAUAUUAUUUCUGUGGUCUCCCAUUUGAAGAAAAGUUGAUACACCACUUAACUAAACAAAAUUUUAAUUCUUAAGUACUGUAUGUACCUCAAGUAGUUUAACAAUGUUAUUUUUCAUUCAUAGUCGUGUUUCUUUAUAAAUGACUUCUUUCUGGAGUUUGGUAAUAAAUAUGGUGCUCUCCAACUCAUUAUGGUAUACACACAUGGUGCCCUAUUCACAAAACUUGAGUUUGAGUUGAGUCUUUUUAUGAGUAAGGUUUGAUAUUUCUAAAACUAGACUAGGCUAGUGCUUUUAAAAUGGCCAACUGUAGUCUAGAACAGUUUCUUGAAUAACAAAUAGACUUAAAAAAAAAGCAAAAAGAAAAGCUGUUUUACCAACUGAUGGGUGAAAGCUUUGUGAAUAGGGCCCAGUUUCUGUGGAUUGCUAAACUAGCUUUCUUUGAAUAAAACGGAGAGUAAGUACCUUAUUCAAAAAAAUUAAGUCAGCCAAAACCAGUACAAUCUGAAGUGGAGGUAGCCAUUUUUAUGCCAUGUUCUGUAAUUAUUCUGAUACAUGACAGUUUUAGAUUCUUAGUACAAUGAAAAUGUAUUUAAUUUGACAAUUAAACUUUCAAAUAUAGACUUUUUCCCCCGCAAAUGUUGCUGUUGACAAUGGUGGUUUGAGUGGGUAAACAAAAGCUUAAAGCUCAGUUUGUGGGUGGUGGGGGGCUUUUCGCAAAUAUGAGAAAGAUGAUCCUUGUUGCAGAUGCACACAUGCUCGCAGCUGCAGCACUGGAUGCAUUUCUGGUUUCUUGGGUUAUUUUUUUGUUUGUUUUUUGGCACCAACAACAACAAAAAAAAAUUUAAUCACAAGGAAUGUACAUAUUGUAGGACUAACAAUUGUGACUUUAAAUUGCUCUCCAAAAUACUCCAGGGUGCAGUAUAUUGGCGUGUAUUGUUACAGUGCAUUUUUCUCAUUGCUAAUACGAUGCAAAAGAUGAUCAUGUUUCAGUUUCUACACCAUAUGUUUAAAUUCACGAUUCUUCAAGUCGGUACCAACCUUGCUACUUACAACAUGUUAAUGUGUACUGUAGUACCACUUGCUAAAAAGAUGAAAUAUUUCUUACGGUGUCUGAUGACUGACGCAGUCAUUUGUACAAGCCAUUGGUCUGUUAAGUUGGGAGGCUGAUGGUGUUGCCCUGCCAAGGUUAUUUAAGUCCAAUUUUUGGAGUUCUUGGCAUGGCAAUUUUGAAUGCAUGGAAUAAAGCUUGUUGUGUGCUUUGUAGCAUACUGCAUAACUAGAGCAGCUGAAAGGCUAGCCUUUCACCACCAUGGAGCAUCAGCAACUCACAGCUUUAAGGAUUUUGUCUAAAUAGUUUUUUUUUUUUUUUUUUUUUUUUUUUUUUUUUUUUUUACCAAUUUAAAGGAAAAAUGAGUAUACAGGAGCAUUUUGUGAUACAGAAUUUGGCAAUUACUAAUUCUGUCCUCACUUUUCUUUUCAUUUAAGGGCCUUUUUUGUCAAAUCAGAAAAAUCUAUUUUAUUUGCAUAUUUUAAUUUUUAAUUGGAAGUCUGAGAAAAGAGUAGAACCUUGUUUGCUACCACCUGGUGUUCCUAAUGGAAGUCAGUUACAAUGGUUUGCUUGUCUAAAGGGAUAGGUAGUGAAGGUGCUCAUUUUGCUUUGCAUUUAGUUGCCCAGGUUAGGGUUCAGUUUUAAUAGACUUGUGAGCUUUCAAAAUGGUUUUCUUAGUUCUGUACAGAGUAUUUGCCAAGUGCAGAAGGCUUGCCAGGCACUGUUUGCCUAACAAGAAUGCAAAAGACAGAGUUGUGAAACGCAAGGGUUUAUUUCGUUAUUGACAAUAUUUUAACACAUUUCGACCCUGUUUUUGCUUUGGAAGCCAUGUGCUAGUAUUGGGUGGUGCAGUUUGGUCAGGUAAUCAUUUUUAUAUUUUUGGGGGGCACCUUAGGCACUAAAUAGUGCAACCUGUCUUUUUCUUUGUAUCUCAGUUUUUCAGAAGUCUUGCAGAAAGAAAUAUUGAUCAUAUUGUCUUCAGGUUUUUAUUUUCAACAGAACGCAGCGCAUUACUGGAAGAUAGGAGACACUGUGCUCUUUUGGUUUUAUAUUUUAAUACCUUUUCUAAGGCAAGUUAUGUUUUUGCACCCUUGUUUUGGAAAGGUUUGUUUCCCCUCUUACCUUCAGUGUCCAGCUCAGUGAAGGGGUGUGUUUGUGUUAACAGGUACAACAUGUGAUUUGGAUGAUCAAGCAUCUUCCUAGUUCCCACCUUCAGUAUCUCCCAGAUAAAGUGCCAUGCUUUCUUUUACCCCUCUUUUUUUUUGUAAUGUAUUUUGCACCUUGUGGAGUCUGUUUAGUUGAGUUUUAAUCUCUGUGUUGCACUUUGUAAGAGUUUCUUUGAUAGUUUAAAAACGUGGUACUUGAGGCCAUCAUUGUGUGUUGUUAUUUCUUAUUGUUACUGCACUGUACCUUUGCAAAAAUGGCAAUAAAGUAGUGCGAUCAUCAGGAUACAGUCUUCAGCACAGGUAUAUUGUAGGGAUGAAUCAAUAAAGAUUUAAAGAAAUCCAAUAUUUUUCUAACACUGUGUAAAGAGCAACUAAUGCAGUAAAAUAUGGGCCUUUAUGGUGUUUAUUAUUAAUGAUGGGAUACUUAAUGCUAAUUAAGUGUAAAUUUUGUUUUCUGUAACAUUGCUAACAGUUUAUAGUCCUGUAUAUUAUCCUUGCUUAUGUCAUUAAACACCAAGGUAUUGAACACCUUGUAAGCUUUAAAGUGAUUACGAAAAAUAAAAUCUAAU